AUGGCACAAGACCCUCGAGUCCUGCUUCAAAGAGUAAGAUUCAUUCCCCGCUUUCACAGUCCGCCGGUGACGAUCACUGACACUGUUGCUCCUCUCCAGGCCGAUAAGGCGCUACAAGGUGCCUCGAGCGGCUUCAGCUUCUUUGGCGGCCGGUCAGAGAAAUACGAGAACGCUGCAGACUUGUAUACCCAGGCCGCGAAUGCAUUCAGGGUUCAGAAGCAGAACAAAGAAGCCGGGUUGGCAUUUGAGAAGGCAGCCGCGAUCCAGACACAGAACCUCAACGAACCAGAUGACGCCGCCAACACGUUACAGGAAGCCUUCAAGGUGUACCGCAAAUCAGACCCUGAGGAUGCAGCUCGCGUGCUCUCCAGCGCUAUCCAGCACUAUGUAUUGAAGGGGAACCUCCGUCGGGCGGCCACGCAGCAGCAACACCUGGCCGAAGUGUAUGAGAUGGAACUGGGCGACACGAAGAAGGCGCUGGAAGCCUACGAAAAAGCGGCGGAGUGGUUUGAUGGAGACAACGCCGAAGCUCUUGCAAACAAGCACUACCUGAAGGUCGCAGACCUCGCCGCUCUCGAGGGUGACUACUACAAAGCCAUCGAGAACUACGAGCGAAUCGGCCGGUCAUCCAUCACCAACAACCUGAUGAAGUGGUCUGUGAAAGACUACUUCUUGAAAGCGGGUAUCUGCCACCUGGCCAGCAAGGAUUUGGUCGCGACCAACCGCGCGCUCGAGAGCUACCGCGACAUCGAUCCCACAUUCAUCUCUACAAGAGAACACCAGUUGCUCGCCGACUUGGUCCAGGCUGUCGAGGCCGGCGACCAGGAAGCCUUCUCCGAUAAAUUAUUCCAGUACGACCAGCUCAGCAAGCUGGAUAAGUGGAAGACCACGCUCCUGCUGCGCAUUAAGAGUACCAUCGAAGAGGCUGAGGAAGAUUUCUCUUGA